AUGGAAAGAAAAUUGGUCCUCGACAAAUUGAAUGAUGUAGAAUACCAACAAACCAAUGAGGAUGAGAUAAAGAAAGAGAACGUAGAAGAAUAUGAGUUCGACACUGUAAGCUGUGACGAAUGGAUUUUGGUGAAUCGUCUGGAAAAUAAUACGAUCUCAGCAGUUGAGGAGAAAAUUGUGAGUUUUGAUUAUAUUUUCACGCGCAACUCGCUCUGUAGACAUUUAUAA